AUGAAUGGACCAACGUAUUUCAUGCAGGAGAUGCCUGGACUUACUCUUUCAAUCUCGUUUAAACCUGGCAUUUUGUAUUGCAAUGGCAAAAAAGAAUCUUGCAAGUCGAUGGUGGUCCUAAUAGACAUGGAUGCUAUGCCUACCCUCAGUAACAUAGAUGACAAUGGCGAGCCCAAGGCCAAAAAAGUGGACUGCUCGAUCAAAGAUCCCAAUGACAUCAUGCGCUUGAUGGGAGAAGGAUUCGACCUUCGUGAGCCCAUUGAUGACAAACUGGACAGCUGGUACAUGGGAGAGUAUUUUAAGAGGUUCAUCUUGACAGACCCGCCUCCUCGUUUCGCCGACGAAGUAAAGGACAUCAUAAAGCGGCUCAUGGGAAGGUAG